GACCAACAGGGCCUAAUACUUUUUUUCAUUGAUAUUUCAAUACUCCUAUAUCUGAUCUUCUGGGAGCUUGUUGACUCGUUGCUGCUCUUCUAACCUCUAUAUGCAGAUCUACUCGACUCGGAGGCAGCCUACUCGAAAAAAAGCUACUCUGCCUCGGAGCUACUAUACUUGGAACUAUGAAAGAUACUCAACUUUUUCAACUCUAUUAGAAAAAGUUACACUAUACUUUGCUCAGAGCUACUCUUCUAGAAUCUACCGCUCUUGUCGAAGCUAUUAUGAGCAACUCUGCCCAACUCUACACACAGCUACUCUACUCGGAGUUACUCUGUUCUACUGCACUCKAAGCUACUUGACUAAGUUUUGAUAUUGAGUAUUAAAAAGAGGGCUAAUGCUCACCAACUUGUCGCUGUAGGCAUAUAACRUGUAAGUAGAUAGCUCCGGUUUCACCUCAUUAGUACUUUGAUUUAAGAAGAAUAUUACUUCAAAACACUUCAAAGUAGUGUUUUGUUUUUAUGAAUUAAUGUCUUGCCAAAGGCUUCUCAUUUUAACCGUUUCAUGUUUCUUGAUUUAGUUUUUCACGGCUUUGACACAAUUCUAGUCUUUUCUGUGAACUCGUUCUGCCAAUAGCAGUUGCAGCGUUAUGCGUAUGGAUCUCGUAAUGUUGUAACACCUGCAAACCUUUGCAAAUAAUUCCCUGUCUAAAAUACUAGACGAGAAACAGGUUUUGCCUUCUUUACAAUCAGCAAGCAUGAAACACCUCUUAAGAUUUAUCGCUUUUCACUUCAUUUCAGCCACUUUCUUUGCUGUUUUGUUAUCUUUCUGUAAUCCGUUUACUUAUAAUGGCGGGGUUCUUGUUGGCUACACGUACAAGACAGUGCUUGCUGUUGAUUGGUACGAUUGUCUUAGCGAGUGCUCCUCGGACAGCCGUUGCUAUUCUUACAACUAYAAACCAAAGGGGAACCUCAAAUCGUGCGAGUUGAAUAGCUGUGCUUUUAGGAGUAAAUGCGAGGCCGAGAAAGCUCUUAUCAAAGACUCGAGAUUUGUAUUUCAUCAACUGAARUUAACGGAGACUGAAAGGAUUUGUCAAGGGAAGAAGGUACUACAUACUUUACCAACAAGCCAACCAAACCAAGAAAUAAAAAUGGGUGUUUCCUGUAGUCAGAGAGUMAAAGUGUUUAUUGAUGGCAAAUUGCGUUCACCUGGAUAYCUUUCUUGCUCCUUGAACACGACAUUUCUCUUUAAAAUGAACUUCAGACCACAACUCAUAGCACUAGAAGGGGCGGACGAUACACGUGGUCARCCAGGCCUUGUAGCRUCACUAGAUGACAAUGUUACAGAUACGUCAUGGAAGUGUUCUUCAGUGACAUUUUCUGGUUGGGAGAAGGCUGCGUAUGACGACCAUUUCUGGSCAAAUGCGGUGAGCUAUUGCAAUAAUUCAAAUCCAAGAUGGCCUCUCGUUAAAGCAGCGGGUAUUAGUGGAAAAGCUGAGUGGAUUUGGGCCGACSAACCUGUUGCCAAUAGACAUGUUUAUUGUAGAAAAAAGUUAAACGGAAACUUUGAACCUUUCACUAACAACAAAUAAACUGCGGUUUUUAAGUUUGA